AUGGCUCUGCAAAACAAUGUUAUCAGGACGUCAUUGAUACAUAAAAGACUGGAAAGACCUAACCCAUGCAAUCAUUAUGACAGGGGAAAUGCCCCUCUUGUCUCCAGGGUAAAGUCCAUACCAGCUGUAACCACUACUCUGUCGGAAGCUAUAAGUAACUCGGAACCAAAGACGGAGCCAUCUAGUGGGUCCAGCGCUGGGAACGGCGAGAAGUCAGACGCCACGAAACCUCCGUACUCCUAUGUAGCUCUAAUUACAAUGGCUAUACAGAACAGCGAGACUAAGAAGGCUACCCUCAGUGAAAUAUACGCCUAUAUCACCAAAGAGUUUCCGUACUUCCAAAAGAACAAAAAGGGCUGGCAAAACUCCAUCCGUCACAAUUUGAGCCUCAAUGAGUGUUUCAUCAAAGUCCCGCGAGAGGGCGGCGGCGAGCGGAAGGGAAAUUACUGGACACUUGAUCCACAAUGCGGUGAUAUGUUUGAGAACGGGAACUUUAGAAGGCGGCGGCGGAUGAAGCGGCCUUUUCGAAGUACGCCGUAUGGAAAGGGGCUAUACGGAGACGCUUUUCACCCAGGUCCUAUGGGCCAAGCACAUGUCCAGCCGUUGUCUAUAUCAGCUAACUACUUUGGCCCUGGAACGUACUCGCCGUCAUACCCGCCGUUUGAUCCGAGCUGGCUGGGUCAGCCUGCGUCCAGUCUGGGUUAUGGUAGUGCGUGUUCUCCACACUCAAAUCUGCAGCACCAGGCUUCACCUUUCGGCUCCUAUAUCACACAGCAGUUGCAAGAACAGCUUCAGGGGCCGUUACAGCCAAUUCCAAUAUCAAUGAACACUUCGGGUUAUUCCAUGGGCUUUCCAAGUUUCGAUGCAUCCCCUAACUCAGCGCCACCAUACUCCGGUCCGGUGGAUGGUCAUCCUGUAUCCCAUCACGACAUCAGUGCUAGUGAUGGCCCCUCUCAUUAUUGGACUACAGAUUCCAACGCCAGUCACUCACGAACAUAUGAACAUCCAAGCAGUGUCCGUCCAGCUUCACAUGACGAAGGAAUUGACAUGGCUGAGUCGGCUGCUAGAUAUCUACUUUGGUCUGAUGUGGGUAAAGACGACAAUUCCUUACAUUUUACAUCGGGUGAGACUUAA